AUGUCUACAAAUUCUCAAGAUCUCACUCCUGAACCACAAUCAACGUCAGACGAUUUGGCGUCUCUGCCUACAAAUGAUAUCAAAGAAGAGGAUAUUGACUUUUCUGUGGCUUUAGGAUCCGCUAUUCCUGUCAUGACGAUUUUAUUUGCUGACUUCUUAAACAGUUUUUUUGCAUUUCAAUUACAAAAAUUUACUUGUUUUCCAAGUUGUAAAGAUUCAGCAGAACAAGAUUUAGACUAUAGCGUUAGAACCAAUGCUUUUCACUUUCUUAUAUUGGGUGCUCUCGUUUUUAUUGUUGGGUAUUUGCAAAUGUCUUUAUGGAUGAUUGCUGGUGAACGUCAAGCAAAUAGACUUAGAUUAAUAUAUUAUUCUUCUAUCCUUCGUCAAGAUAUCACGUUCUUUGACACCGUAUCAACAGGUGACGUCACUACGCGUAUAUCUGGUGACAUUGCUCUUUUUCAAGAAGGCAUCUCUGAAAAAGUUGGUCAAGUUUUACAAUAUGCCGCUACGUUCUUUGGUGGUUUUAUUAUAGGUUUUAUAAAAGGUUGGAAAUUAACUCUUGUGCUUUGUGCCGUGUUUCCUUUAAUGGCUACUGCUGGUGGAUUUAUGGCGAAAGCCCUUAGUAAAGGAACUUCUGAAGGACAAGAUGCGUAUGCUGCUGCUGGAGGGGUGGCAGAACAAGUAUUUUCUGGUAUAAGAACUGUAGUUGCAUUUGGUGGUCAAAAACUUGAAGUUGAACGUUAUACUGCACAAUUAGAACGCGCGUAUAUUAUGGGAAGGAAAAAAGCAUUAGUUAGUGGUUUAGCUUUCUCGGUUGGUAACGCUGCUCCUCAUUUAACUGCUAUAUCAAACGCCAUGGGUGCUGCUGCUAAAUUAUUUGAAGUAAUCGACCGUAUUCCUACUAUUGAUUCAACCUCUCCUAAUGGUCAAAUUGUUCAAAAAUCUUCUUCUCAAGGUCGUAUAGAAUUUAAAAAUGUCUCAUUUAAUUAUCCAACUCGUCCAGAUGUUCAAGUUUUAAAAAACUUUAAUUUAAUUAUCGAACCUGGUCAAACUGUUGCAUUGGUUGGUAGUUCUGGAAGUGGAAAAUCUACUAUUGUUAAUUUAUUAGAAAGAUUUUAUGAUCCUACUAGUGGUACUAUAUUACUUGAUGAUGUAGAUAUUAAAAAUAUUAAUAUUAAAUCAUUAAGAAGGCAAAUUGGUUUGGUUGGUCAAGAACCUGUAUUAUUUGCUAAAUCUAUUAAAGUAAAUGUUGGUUGGGGUGGUGAUCCAAUGGAAUCUGAACCAACUUUGGAUGAUAUUAUAGAAGCUUGUAAAAAAUCAAAUGCUCAUGAUUUUAUUGAUGAAUUACCUAAAAAAUAUGAUACAAUUGUAGGUGAAAAAGGAAGUUUACUUUCAGGUGGUCAAAAACAACGAAUUGCUAUUGCUAGAGCUUUGAUUAAAAACCCACAAAUAUUAUUAUUAGAUGAAGCUACUUCUGCACUUGAUACUGAAUCUGAACGAUUAGUUCAAGAAGCUUUGGAUAAUGCUGCUACUAAUAGAACAAGUAUCAUAAUAGCACAUCGAUUAUCAACUAUUAAACAUGCAGAUAAAAUAAUUGUUAUGAAAAAAGGUGAAAUUGUUGAAACUGGACGUCAUGAUGAAUUAAUUGCUAAACAAGGAGUAUAUUUUGGUCUUGUACAAGCUCAAGAAUUGGAAACUAAAAAAAAUGAAAAGAGGCAUAAAUUACAUUUAAGAAAAAUCUCUACUCGAGGAUCAACUAUUAAAUCCAUAAAAACUGAUGAUGAAAUUAUAAAAGAAGAAAUGAAGAAAAAAUUAUUACAAAAAAUGCCUUUGGCAAGAGUAUUUAGAAUGUGUAAACCUGAGUAUGGAUUAAUGCUUAUUGGUUGUGUUGGAAUGUUCAUGUUAUCUGGUGAACGUCUCACAAAACGUCUUAGAAAAUUAACUUUUGAAGCAUUAUUGAAACAAGAAAUUGCAUAUUUUGAUGAUGAAAAAAAUGGAACUGGUGUAUUAACUUCAAAAUUGGCUGUAGAUGCAACGAAAGUUGAAGGUUUAAGUGGUGGUUUAAUGGGAACUCUUAUACAGAAUAGUUUUAAUUUAACAGUUGGAUUUGGACUUGCCUUUGGUUUCGGUUGGAAGUUAACAUUAGUUAUCCUUGCUGCUUCACCAGCUGUUGUAAUUGCUGGCUUUUUAGAAAUGAGAGCGAUGACUGGUUUUGCAUAUGAAGGUACUGGUCAAAUAGUUCAACAAAGUGUUUCCAAUAUGCGAACAAUUGCGGCAUUAACAAGAGAAGAAACCUUUAAAACAAUAUAUCAAAAUGCAAUAAGAGAACCACAUAAAAUUGCAAUUAAAGGAAGUUUGUUAUCAUCAUUUGGUUUUGGUACAUCUCAAGGGAUUUUAUACUUUAUUUGGGCUCUAUCAUUUUGGUAUGGUGCACAAUUAGUUAAAUCUGGUGAAUAUGAUUUACAACAAAUGCUUCGAGUUUUAUUUGCCGUUGUGUUUACUGCUGUUUCUCUUGGACAAAUGAGUACAUUCGCACCAGAUAUCGUAAAAGCAAAAGUCGCAGCUCUUUCAAUCUUUGAAAUUUUAGAUAGAAAAUCUCUUAUAGAUCCUACAGAUAACGAAGGCAAAGAACGUCCUGCACCAAUAUUAGGAGAUUCUUCAUUCCACUCUGUCCAUUUCAAUUAUCCUGCUCGUCCUGAUAUACCAAUACUUCGUGGUUUAGAUAUGUCAAUAUAUUCUGGAAAAACCAUUGCACUUGUAGGAUCAUCGGGUUCGGGGAAAUCAACAGUUGUUUCAUUAUUAUUAAGAUUUUAUGAUAUAAAUUCUGGAGAAAUUGAAGUUGAAGGUGUUAAUGUAAAGCAAUGGAAUUUAGAAUAUUUAAGAGCGAAUAUGGCGUUGGUUGGUCAAGAACCUGUGUUAUUUGAUUUGACUAUUGAAGAGAAUAUUGCAUAUGGAAAAGAAGGUUGUACUAAAGAAGAAGUCGAAGAGGCUGCGAAAGAAGCAAAUAUCCAUAAUUUUAUUAUUUCUUUACCGGAUGGUUAUAAUACUCGUGUUGGUGAAAAAGGAACACAACUUAGUGGUGGUCAAAAACAGAGAGUUGCAAUAGCAAGAGCUUUAAUUCGUUCUCCGAAAAUUUUAUUACUUGAUGAAGCAACUUCAGCGCUAGACUCUGAAUCUGAAAAAGUUGUACAGAAUGCUUUGAAUAAAGCCAGUAAAGGCCGUACAACACUUACGAUAGCUCAUCGAUUAUCAACAAUUCAAAAUGCUGAUUUAAUCUUGGUUUGUAAAAAAGGUAAAAUUGUUGAAUCUGGUAAACAUUUUGAUUUAAUAAAUCAAAAAGGGUUGUAUUAUGAAUUGGUUAACAAACAAACUUUGAUGACGAAAAAAAAGGAUUAA